AUGGCGGAGGAUAUCGUCAUUGACAAGACGCUCUUCUUCGAUCGCUUGUCGACUUUUUACAAUGCAUGGAAGGCAGAUAAGCGAUCUGGAGCUGGAGUCUUCGGGGGAGUGGGAUCCAUCGUCAUUUUGAUGGGAAAGACUGACGAGGCAAAUGCAUUUCAGAAAGCUAAUGCGAUGCAUUUCUGGCUACUCGGUUACGAAUUUCCCGCCACUCUUUUUGUCUUCACUGUGGACACAAUGUACAUCGUGACAACUGCGAAAAAGGCGAAACAUUUGGAACCACUCAAGGGAGGCAAAGUACCGGUCGAGAUUUUAGUCACAUCGAAAGACCCUGCAGACAAGGCCAAGGCGUUCUCCAAAUGCAUAGAGAUCAUCAAGGUCGCUGGGAAAAAAGUAGGAACUUUACCUAAAGAUAACGCCCAGGGCCCCUUUGCCGAUGAAUGGAAACGUGCUUUUGCGGACGAAUUGAAAGACAUGGAGGAAGUUGAUAUAUCUCCCGCUCUUUCUGCAGCGGCGUUUUCUAUCAAAGGACAGGAAGAAUUGGUGUCGAUGCGCAACGCAGCCAGAGCCUGCAGUGGUCUCAUGUCCGAAUAUUUCGUCGAUGAUAUGUCACAACUCCUGGAUGAAGGAAAAAAGAUAACUCACAAAGCUUUAGCAGCAAGAAUCGAUGCCAAGAUCGACGAUUCCAAAUUCUUCAACAAGUUGGCAAAGCUCCCACCAGGGUUCGAUCCUCAACAGAUUGACUGGGCAUAUGGACCAGUGGUUCAGAGUGGAGGAAACUAUGACUUGCGCUUGACUGCCACUGCCAAUUCAGAUGAGCUCCAUCCCGGUAUCAUCAUUGCGGGAUUUGGCAUAAGAUACAAAACAUACAGUGCCAUCAUUGCACGUACAUAUCUCGUCGACCCAACAAAGGCUCAGGAGACGAAUUACGGAUUUCUUUUGAACGUCUACGAUGCGGUCAUCAAAGAUAUUCGGGAUGGCGUGGCAGCCAAAGACUUAUACAACAAGGCUAUUGGAAUGGUGCGCGCUAAGCGCCCUGAUCUAGAGAAUCAUUUCGUAAAGAACGUCGGCGCUGGCAUCGGAAUCGAAUUGAGGGACUCGAAUAUGAUUCUCAACGGGAAGAAUGCUCGAACUCUAAAGAGUGGCAUGACUCUCUAUAUCUCUAUUGGCUUGACAGAUGUUCGGGACAGUGACUCAAAGGACAAGAAGUCCGUUUACUCUAUGGUUAUAACUGACACCGUGCGUGUUGGCGAGACCGGCGCCCACGUCUUCACUAAAGAUGCAGGUAUUGAUAUGGACUCGGUUUCCUUCUACUUUGGUGACGAAGAGGAACCUCAGAAGGCUACAAAGGAGAAGACGGACGUGCGUUCCAGUGCCAUUGCUAGCAAAAACAUCACGAAGACCAAGCUGCGUGCUGAGAGGCCAACUCAAAUCAACGAAGGUGCCGAAGCACGUCGCCGAGAGCAUCAAAAAGAGCUCGCCGCGAAGAAGAUGAAGGAGGGUCUUGAGAGAUUUGCCGGUACAACCGGCGACGGUAACGGCGAAGCCCAAAAGAAAUUCAAGCGUUUCGAGUCUUACAAACGUGACAACCAGCUGCCUUCAAGUGUGAAGGAUCUUACUGUAUAUGUUGAUCAUAAAGCUUCGACGGUCAUUGUGCCGAUUAUGGGCCGACCUGUGCCAUUCCACAUCAACAGUAUCAAGAACGCCAGCAAAAGCGACGAAGGCGAGUAUGCAUAUCUGCGAAUUAACUUCCUUUCACCUGGGCAAGGUGUUGGACGAAAAGAUGACCAGCCAUUUGAAGACCCGUCGGCCAAUUUCGUUCGUAAUUUGACACUCCGAUCAAAAGACAAUGAUAGAUUCGCCCGGAUCGCUCAAGACAUCACGGAGCUUCGCAAAAACGCAUUACGCAAGGAGCAGGAGCGCAAAGAGAUGGAAGACGUGGUGGAACAAGAUAAGCUUGUGGAAAUUCGCAAUCGUCGGCCAGUGAAGCUCCCAGAUGUCUACCUUCGCCCGCCCUUGGAUGGAAAACGAGUUCCUGGGGAGGUCGAGAUUCAUCAGAAUGGUUUGCGAUAUCAGUCACCGCUGCGAAAUGAACAUGUUGAUGUUUUAUUCAGCAACGUCAAACAUUUGUUUUUCCAGCCAUGUGCCCAUGAAUUGAUUGUAAUCAUUCACGUGCACCUCAAGACCCCAAUCUUGAUUGGUAAAAGAAAGACAAAGGACGUCCAGUUCAUCCGUGAGGCCACUGAAAUGCAGUUCGACGAGACCGGCAAUCGUCGCCGCAAACAUCGCUAUGGAGACGAAGAAGAAUUCGAGGCAGAACAGGAAGAAAGACGACGCCGAGCAGCUUUGGAUAGAGAGUUCAAGGCUUUCGCAGAAAAGAUUUCAGAUGCCGGUAAAGACGAGGGUGUUGACGUGGACAUUCCAUUCCGAGAAAUUGGAUUCAGCGGUGUACCGAAUAGAUCGAAUGUUUUGAUUCAACCAACUACAGAUGCUAUCGUUCAAUUGACUGAGCCACCAUUUUUGGUCGUUACUUUGAACGAGAUCGAAGUUGCUCAUCUUGAGCGUGUACAGUUCGGGCUGAAAAACUUUGAUCUUGUUUUUGUCUUGAAGGACUUCAACCGGCCACCAAUCCAUAUCAAUACCAUUCCAGUUGAAUCACUGGAAGGAGUCAAGGAUUGGCUUGACUCGGUGGAUAUCCCAUUCACGGAAGGACCUCUCAACCUCAACUGGGGCACCAUCAUGAAGACAGUUGCUGCGGAUCCCUACGGCUUCUUCGCCGAAGGAGGUUGGUCAUUCUUGGCCGCUGAAUCUGAUUCUGAAGACUCCGAAUCUGAGGAGGAGUCUGCUUUUGAACUUUCUGAAUCCGAGUUGAACGCCACGGAUGAGAGUUCAGAGGAUGAUAGCGACUUCGAUGAUGAUGCUAGUGCUGAGGCUACUGACGAGGAUCUCAGUGUCGACGAAGAGAGCGGUGAGGACUGGGAUGAGUUGGAGAAACAGGCCAAGAAGAAGGAUAGAGAGAGCGGACUGGAUGACGAACGAAACAAGAAGCGUAAGCGUUAGUCACGUCUUGGGAUAAUGACUUAGUGACUCUAGUCAAUGUUGUCACCGGUUCUAAUUUUACUUUUCUCGAAAUGUCUUAAAAUCGGUUAGUUUGUGACGGUAUGUGACGUUCUCAUCAUUCACUGCAAUGUAAUUCGAAAAUUGGUCAUGGGC